AUAAAUUAUAAUUUCCCCCUGACUUACAACUUCAUAUAUACGGCUUUUUUUAAAUCUACCGUUAUAUUCUACUCUCUUUUUAACUUUUGAGAGAGCGAAUCUGAAGUCGUGAAUAUUUUAUAAACAAAAAAUAAUCUCUGCGCACUGUUAGCAACAUUUUGUUUGCUUUGUGUUUUUAUUUACAUGUCUUUUUGAGAGUAAAAUUUUGCUUUGCUGCAUCUUCUUAUCAAGGUCUUUUCGAGAGUAAAAAAAAAGGGAAAUUAUUUGAUAUCAUUAUUUUUCAUAUCCCGGUUUCAUCAGUAGGUAAAGGAAAUAAAGGAAGUAAAGGAAUUUUCACAUCGUUAUAGACGUUAUACACAUUUAGUGAAAUGAAAUAAAGUUUGCUUUUUUAUUUCAUUAUAUCAAUACAUAAAAAAACAGGAUAUUAAAACCAAUUUAAACUAAGCAAAAAUUUCAAUAGCAAUUCAUUUAUUGAGAGGAUAGACAAAAGCGAAUAAGAUUAUUGUUGGUAUUUAAUUUUCUUAGAAGAAUUUAUAGUGUUAACAUUAUCAAAAAAACUUUUGUAAAAAAAUUAUUAUGUAUGGAUUCUAAAAUUGUUAAUAUAGAGAUUUUAGUUAUCUAUUUUUUAUUACUGAUCCCUUGGCCUCAAACCCAAGUUAUAAAAUUUUUAUGCUCCAAAGAUAGCAGUCGUUUAGUACGCAAGAUAGUUCGUUCAAAAUGGACUCCAAUUUUAGAUAAAUAUCAGGUUAAGCUUCCUUUGGAAUGUCCUUUGCAUCCCUUACGCGAUCUAUUUGCACCGCGACAAGAUGCCAAAAAACGUGAUAGACCCACACAGUGGACGUGUCGUUUGUGUGGCAAAAGUUUCUAUCAAGAGAAAUUUUUGGAUUUACACUUUGAGAGCCGACAUAAAACAACGAUAAAUGAGGCUGAAGAUGCCGUUUGUUUGGCGGAAUUUUGCGAUAUAAUGCGUUGCGAGGUUUUUCAGACAGAAGAGUCGUCUAGCUUGAAAGUAGGCGAUCAGCACAUAAGCACUGACAUAGAAGUAUGGGGCGAUUCAUUUGGUCAAAAUUCAGCAUUAGCUAAAGCGAAUCUAGCCUAUUUAAGUAUAUUACCAUUAAGAACUUCCUCCAUUGGUGCGUCACGAGCGGCUAGAGUACAAAAUCGUCAAUUAUGUCAGGAACAAAUUGGCCAAAAAAAAUUUCAACAGACUGAUAAUCAGAACACCAACGAGAAUUCAUUUGUAUAUAACGGAAAACCAUCGCAGCAAAGACACUAUCCGACUGAUAGUAUGACGUCUUCAGCUACAUCUCAUAAGCAUUCUACUGCAGCGACAAAAACAAUUAGGAAAAAUCACUCUGAGUCACCGGAUAGCGGUGCGAAAAAUUCGAACCCGGGAAAAGGAAAUAACGAUAGUUCCGAAGCCUUUAACAAUACGGGAGAAGAUAAUAACCAAACUCUCAAUGAUGAAGUGAACGGUAUGCAAAAAGUUAGAGCUGAUUGUAAAGUGGAAGAACUAAGUGAAUUGAGAACGAAAUGUGAAUAUCUGGUAAGAAGUUGUAUCGGUGGUCUUAUUUUACAAAUGAUCGAUCAAUCAUUUAAGGAAAUGGAAGAUGAAAUGAAUAAAGCAGUUUGUUGGUAUUUAACUUGUGAGCGUUAUUGGGAGGAUGGACCCUUAGAACCACGUGCCUUUCCUUGGGGUCUAAUACUUAUUUUAGUAUUCGUUUUAUCCACGGGAAUUUGUUUUUGUUACUACAUUAUAUGGAUAUUAUUUGAUUCCGAAGAGACGACAAUCAAUGCCGCCAAUCAUCAGCAAGUAUACCUCAGCAGCACCUACCCACCACAGCCACCGCCGCAGAGCGCACAACCCCACACGCAAGAACUAUACCAUUACCAAGAGUUUCCCACUACAGGCAUUCAUCAUGGUAUGACGAGCGACGGGCCUCCGAACACUACCCAAUUCUACUAUCAACAGCAGCAACAACAAACACAGGCACAGAUGGGGCACGAUAUAUACCCCGAACCAGUGCUAUACGAUUAUCGCCACAGUCCUCGACGUUACAUAGGCGAUCAGCGUCGGCCGGGUACCCCUACGGUUACAAUGUCGGCCGGCGUAGGCGUUGGACAGACACCGCUGCGUCAUCAGCCGACCACGAGCCUGGCGUACCAACAGGACAUUUUAGACCGACGCGACUAUAUAAAUAGACCUAUAGCUACCACUGCUGUAACCAGUGUUAAUAGCGUUACAAAUAUAGGACCAAAUGCAGCAUCUCUAGCUACGCAUCAUCACUCGCAACAAUUGGACUGUGAUAGCUCAUUGUUGGCUGGUAUUAGUGGUGCUACCGCAGCAGGAGGUGUAAAACAUUAUAAUACUAUACCUCGCCCCCUGGAAUCACGUCAACGUUAUGUAAGCGGUUCACAACAAUCAUUACGCGCCUCCUCGUCCACACACGAGAUCAUACAAAAUGAAGUUGGGCACAAUGAACACUACAUUUAUGUAACCUAUCCGCCGGAUUUAAAAAAAUGUUUCUUUGAAAAAUAUGAAUGAGUUUAAAUUAUUAUGUUUUUCAUAUUUAAAAAAAUUAUGUUUCUCUAAGAACACAAAUAUAUUUGUAAAACACAAAAAAAAAAAAAAAAAAUAUUCUAAUAUAAACCAAAGAUUAUCAUUGGCAAGAAAUAUAAAAUGAAAGUCCUAAACACUCGUAUAUGAAUGAAUCGAAUCUUUGUUGGUAGA